CCCGGUGGGAGAGGGUGGGAGCGCCGCCGGUCCAAGCGGAGGGCGGGCUUGGCCGAGGCAGGGACCGCGCAGCUGCGCUCCACCCCGGGACAGGUGGGAGCUGCUUCUCGCCUUUCGCCACGAGCCUCCCUGCCGGAGCGGAGAGAAUCCCGCUUUGCGAGCUCGGUGCUAAUAGUGGAAGGGGGUUAUAUGGUUGGGAAGGGCCCCCAUUGAAGGAGCCGCAGCAGGGCCGGCUGGGGACAGAGCGUCCGUGGGGUGGGCAGGAGGCGCCCGCGAAGGAGGGGUUUUGGGUGGCCCCUGCUGGCCCCCAAGCCGCCCUUCGGACAGACGCCCGGCCAUCGGGCUCCCCGGGGCCGAAGGGCCGCUGAAAUCGCCGACGGAGAGCCAGUUAAAGAGUCCCAGAAGCCGGUCUAGAGAGAAAGCCGGAUAAACGGGGGAGAAGGGCUGGGGAAGCCGUCGGAGGGAGCGGCCGAUGCGAGGCUUCUCAGGCGGCCUCGAGGGCUGGCUGGCACUGCGCUUGUCCGGUUCGCAGCUGCCGGGAGUAGUGCUCAGCGCGGCCCCGCCAGAAGCCCCUUGCAGCCGUGGCGGCUGGACACGGGCUUUCAGCGGGAGGCUCCGCCGCCGGCGCCCGGCCAGCUGCUCCCCAAGAAAGCGCUCCUCCUGCCCGGUUGAUCGGCCGUGGCUUUCGGCAGCGCGACGCUGCUGAGCCUGUGGCGGGCGGCCCCUCCCCUCGGAGGCUUCUGGGGCCCGCGUGGGCGCGCCGAGGGCGGGGCCUCCGUGGAAUCGGACCGAGGCUGGACGGCGGCGGCGGCGGCGGCGGCAUGAGCCUGUUCAGGGUGUCCAAGUUCCGGCACGCCGAGGCCAAAGUGGCCCGCAAGGAGGCCUGGAUUGGAGGUUUCCAGAGCAGCGGCCCCUCAGGGAAGCCCCACAUCAAGGCCAAUGCCCGCUGGAUCGCAUUCAGCACAGACCUGGCAGGGGUGCUGGGAGCUGUGGCCCUGGAGAGCCCAAAGGGGAUCAAGAGAGUUGUCUCCCAUCUGCACUGCCAUUCAGGUGUGGUGACAGACUUUGACUUCUCCCCCUUUGACCAGCAGCUGCUGGCCACCGGAGCAGCAGACGAAGCCGUGAAGGUGUGGCGUCUCCUUGAAUCUGGCCAAGACCUCUCGUCUUCCCCCCAUGUGACGCUGGGGCCAGAGGGGAGCCGGGUGGAGGUGCUCCUCUUUCACCCCACGGCGGACGGGGUCCUGGCCAGUGCGGCCGGGAAGGCAGUGACGAUUUGGGAUGUGGAGCAGCAGCAGAUCCUUACUGAGCUGGAGCCUCACCUGAACUGGGUGCAGAGUUUGGCCUGGAAGCCGGACGGGUCGCUCCUGGGCACCUCUUGCCAGGACAAAAGGCUGCACAUCUUUGACCCACGGGCCAAGUCGGAGGCCUGCCAGACUGUCCUGGCGCACAGGGGCGGCAGGGAGGUCCGGCUGCUGUGGGUGAACGCGGACGGCUGCUUCCUCUCCGUGGGCUCCAACCAGAUGAUGGAGCGGGAGGUGUGCCUCUGGGACAGCCGCCGGUUGAACUGCUCCCUGACCUCCGUCACACUGGACGCCUCUCCCAAGCCUCUGAUCCCGCUCUUUGACCUCAGCUCCGGCCUCCUAGUUCUGGCUGGGAAGGGAGAGAAGGGGCUUUUCUGCUAUGAGGUGCAGCCUGCGCAGCCGGCCGUGGUGGAAGUUCACCAGAGCUUUCUGGAGACCCGGACUCAAGGGGCGGCUCAGGUGCCCAGGCUGGCCCUGAACGUCACAGCCUGCGAAGUGAUGAGGGUCUUGCAGCUGAGCGACUCGGCCGUUGUGCCCAUCAGCUACCUGGUGCCCAGGAAGGCCACACAUGAGUUCCACAAAGACUUAUUUCCAGACGGUCCCGGAAACGUCCCGGCAGCAUCUGCUCGGGCCUGGUGGGCUGGGGACAAUACACAGGUGGAGAUGGUGAGCCUUGAUCCUGCCCACAGGCCCAGCCCUGGCUUCCUCUCUCCCUGCCUGCCUCGCCUUGACCAAGACAGCCAGCACCCGCCCUCCGCCCACGUGGAGGCAGGGGAUCAGGCCAAGGAUCCGGACCACAGUGUGGGCAGCAGCCUGUCCUCUCCUGGCAGUUCCUUGGCAUCUCCAUCCAGCGUUGCCCCAUCUCUCCCUGCCACCGGUGGCUUUUCCUCCAGCCCAAGCCAGCGGUCCCUGCAGAAUAUUCUGGGCCCGAGUUCUGCCUUCCGGCACAUCGAGGGGGUCGUCUUGCCUCGCACCACCCACAUCACCAACCUGCGAGGCUUGAGCCUCACCACACCAGGGGAGUGUGAUGGCUUUUGCGCCAACCAGCAUCGCAUCGCCAUCCCACUGCUUGCCACAGGUGGCCAGGUGGCCAUUUUGGAGCUCUCCCAGCCAGGGCGACUCCCCGACACCCCCAUGCCCACCAUCCAGAAUGGGGCGCCUAUCUCGGAUCUGUGCUGGGAUCCCUUUGAUGAGCAACGCCUGGCCAUUGCUGGAGAAGACACCAAGAUUCGGCUAUGGCGGGUUGAGCCCACCGGACUGCAGAAGCAGCUGCUGGAGCCAGAAGUGGUCUUGAGAGGCCACACAGAGAAGAUCUACUCCAUCAAGUUCCACCCUCUGGCCUCCGAUGUCUUGGCCUCCUCCUCCUACGACAAGAGUGUCCGGAUCUGGGACGUGCGCACAGGGAGGCAGGAGCUGGGACUGCAGGGCCACACGGACCAGAUCUUCAGCCUGGCCUGGAGCCCCAAUGGACGUUGCCUGGCAACCGUCAGCAAGGAUGGCAGAGUGCGAGUUUACGAGCCUCGGCAGGCUGCCCAGCCCUUGCAGGAUGGUCCAGGGCCUAAGGGGGGUAGAGGUGCCCGUGUCACCUGGGUCUGUGGCGGCCAACACCUGCUGGUCUCCGGCUUUGACAGCCGCAGCGAACGCCAGCUCUCCUUGCACCAGGCCGAGGCCCUGGCUGCUGGACCUCUGGCCACCAUCGGCCUCGACGUCUCCCCCUCCACCCUCAUCCCUUUCUAUGACGUGGACACCAGCGUGGCCUUCUUCACAGGCAAGGGCGACACCAGGGUCUUUGUCUAUGAGGUGGUCCCGGAGGCCCCCUUCUUCCUGGAGUGCAACAGCUUCCUCUCCUGCGACCCCCACAAGGGCUUUCACUUCCUGCCCAAGACGGCGUGUGAUGUGCGGGAAGUCGAGAUUGCCCGGGCAUUGCGCCUCCGGCAGAGCUCCAUUGAACCGGUGGCCUUCCGGGUCCCCAGGGUCAAGAAAGAAUUCUUCCAGGACGACCUCUUCCCGGCCACACAGGUGUGGUGGGAACCUGCCCUGCCAGCCACAGCCUGGCUGAAGGGCGCUAACAAGCAGCACCGAAUCACCAGCCUGCAGCCCAAGGACAUGACCCCAGUGAGCCAAGCGCCCAAGGAAACCCCCAAGCGGAAAUACCUGCCUUCCUCCGUCUACCUGGAAGAGAAGUCAGACGAGCAGAAGAAAGAGGAACUGCUCAGUGCCAUGGUGGCCAAGCUGGGGAACCGAGAUGACCCCCUCCCACAGGACUCCUUUGAGGGUGUGGAUGAAGAGGAGUGGGACUAGCUGCAGACGGACGCUGCCUCUCUGCCCGCAGCCCCCUCAGAGCCUGGGAUGGAAGGAAGCGUCCCACUCGGGCUGCAGGCUGCUCCCUGCCAGUUGGCUUCUCCCCACUUGCUGCUUCUGCUUGGGGGGGGGGGGGGGGCUGCCCUCCUGCUGGAACAGGGACUCGGGCCACCUGUUUACAAUCCCCCAGCGAAGGCCCACAUCCUGAGGACAGCCACGGCUUCCCCCCCAAACGGGGGCCCUCCUUGGCAGGAGACCCCCACUCUCAUCUCAGGCUGUGCAGCGACCCUUCUCGGCUGGCUGCUUUGAAGCCGGUGGGCCAGUCGGCCAGAAGUCUUCCAUGGAGGGUAAACUGCAAGCAUCCUUGCGGCUCAUUCAUGGCCCAAGCGUUUCCAGGCUGGCGUCCUGAAGCUGGAGAGGCUUUUGCUCAGCAGCCUUCUUGGGAGGAAGCUCCUUUCUCCAGCUGAUUCCACCUUGGGUGUAGCCCUAACAUGAACCCCUCCUUCUUCCGUU